AUGAAGAUUCUUGCGACAGCUCUUGGCACAGCCGCCACUGCCCAAUCCUUGGAUGAUCGAGGUUCGGUCACUGCUUGGGUCGCGAUCGAAGAUGCCUACAGCAGUCUCUACGACGCGAUUUUGAGCGCGUACUCGGACGCUUUCUCUUGCAGCUAUGGCGAAUGGGAAACGUACUCGGUGGAAGUGAGACAGAUUUCCGGAAGUGGAGAUGUUGAGUACGUUACGAAAAUUGGAGAUACGACACUUCACUCGUCGCGGUACAGCGCUUCCGCGCUUCCAGCUGGUUUGGAUCUCCAAGUCUUCGUCGCCAGUGACUUCAACAAUGCCGCCACUAACUACGGCCUCCGCAAUUUCUACUACCAGACUUUCGAUCCCUGCGCAACCAGAACCGAUCCAUGCACCGAUCUCGCCAGCUGCACCACAGUUGUCGAUAGCUGCGAAUUCAACCCAGUCGACAAUGUUGCGAAGACCGUCGUUAGCGCUGCUGCGAAUUACAAGGUUUCCGCCGACAUUUUGUGCCCUGAUAGAAACGCAUGGACUAACAUGGUUCAUCUCACCAGCGAUCCAGGCGCAUUCGACGACACAAGCUAUGCUGGAAAUCGACAAUUUACGGUGAAAAAAUCGCCAGAUGCUGGAUCCAUGGAAGUCAGUUUCCACGACCCGAAUUGGACGAACAAGAGGUAUUACUUCAGGCAACUAUGCACUGUUGGCGAAUGGAAUACAUACUCGCUGGAAGUGAAUCAAGUCGAAGGUGAUCCAUCGACGCUGCGUUGGAUUUUCAGAUUUGACGGCACACAGAGCAGGGUUCUCGAUAAAGCAAAGCUCUUGAUUGAGUCAAUCGAGGAUUGA